UGUAAUAUAUAAUGUUUGUAUAUAGAAUAAAUAUUAAUUUAUGUCCUCUUGUAUGCAUGGUAAGUAGCGGAAAAAAAAAAAAAAAAAAAAAACAAAAAAAAAAAACAAAAAACAUUACCCAGCCGUAUAGAAUCCAAACAACAGAACUUAUGUGGAGAAGGAAGACAUCAGAAUAGGACUCAUAAAUUAGCAUUUUAGCACUUUCCUUAUUUGAACACAUGUCCAUUGCAAUUGACUCAGCCAAUCAAAACGCCUGUCAAAAUACGUCAAUGGCAAAAGUCGCCUAUURAUCAAAAAGCGAGUUAUUUCCAUGAUAUAUCAACAGUGAACACAUACACUAAACAAGGAUGGAGGGCUUCAACAUCUCACUCACAAACCACUUAAACAGCUCGACACACACCGACUGCAAGUAUUGGGGACCUGAGAGCGAUGCUGAAAUCAUUGCUAAACGCAUUGCCUUUGUAUUGGUUAUUUUACUGGGAAUUUUUGGCAACGUUUUCAUCAUCCUACUCGCUGCUAAAUUCACAGUACGAAGGAACCUGAACUAUUUGAUUAUCAACAUGGCCGUGUCAGAUACACUUUUUCUUCUCGCUUCGUUACUUAUGUAUAUCCCCUGGAUUUCUAACUACAAAAUGAGAAUCCAAUCUAAGGUUUUCCGUAGAAGUGCAUUGUUCCUGUGGCAUACUUCAGUUAGAGUAUCGAUUAUUACUUUAUUGGUUAUCAGCAUUGAACGUUUCAGAGCGACCAAACAAACUAUACAACAACCAUAUACACUAAAACAACGAAUGACUGUACUCGGAUUCUGCUGGUUAGUUCCCAUGCUAUUGKCUUCCUUCUUUACUUAUGUAGAGUCUCAUGGCUUAGAGACGUUGACGACUCAGAGAAAAUCUCUCUCAUUAGCAAUUUGGAUUCACGAAAUUUUAGUUGUUGUUCUGUGUUGUGUAAUAUUCGCUCUUGGAAUUUUAACCACAAAACGACUGUCCAGAUUACGACCAAUUCAUUCCCAUCUCAAUAAAGAGAUUCAUUCUUAUAUUAUUCACGAAGUAUUAUUUAAAUCAUCUGAAAUACUCCAUUUUCGAAUUCUAUUCGCUCUUGGUAUUCUAACCACAAGACGACUGUCCAGGCCUCAGCCCAUCCACGCCCAUCUCAACGAACAACAGCGAAAGGAACGAGUACGUCGAACUCGAGCAGCUGUGCGAAUGGUGUUAGCGUCUGCAGUCCUGUACACAUGUUGUAAUCUCUCCUUCUUAAUUUUAAGCAUCUUAUGGAUAGUGGAAUUUUUCUUUCCAUCGGUUGACAUUAUGGAUGACUCAGCCUGUAUCGACUGGCGGUCUAUUGAUUUUAUUAUAUUCACGCUUCUCCUGGUCGUCAACUCGUGCUUUAGUCCUCUUAUUUACAUAGUGUUUUUACCUGACUUUAAAGAAGCUGCAAAGAAAGUACUGUUCCGUGGAAGAAAGACGCAGAACCAGGCACCAAACGGAGGAAACUCGAUUGAGCUGCAGCCAGCUCCAAACUGUGCUUAGAGCCGGACAAACUCUCUCGCAAGUAGUUGCGAAAUUCUAUUGCUUUUCGAUCUCUUGCAAAAGCAAGUUCGACAAGUAUUUAGCAUGUUAAAUGUGACUUUACUUAUUCGAGGAAGUAUUCAUUAAGGUGAUAAUAAAAAUAAUAAAAAAAAAUAUUGUAAUCGUUUUAGCGACAUUUCUAGAGGAAGACAAUGUGCUUUUAUGAGUCUUUUGAACAGCUUUGUUAUCUGCACAUUGUGAUGAUAUUUCGACGUGGACGACAGAUACGAUGGAUUGUGUUUUGGCCGAAGAUCUUUUUGACAGCAUUCGAAAAGCGCUCUAUACCUGAUAAAGAGACUAUUUCUCUGAAUUAUCUGCCAGGUCGAGUCCUUUGGUCUCCGAUGACAUAACUUCCAUCGCACAUUUAGGCAAACCAGCGAAACCAAUCGCCCGACGAGGCAAACAAACCAAAUAAAAUCAAUCGCCCGAUGAGGCAAACAAAUCAAAACAAUCGCCCGAAAAUAAAUAAAAAAAUACGGUCUGUAAUAAAGUGUACAUAUACGUUCUAAUCUUGUUUCUUUUUGCCAUGUAUUCUCCCUCCAUAAAAUCAAAUAAACCUAAAACCAAUUUGAACAAGCAUCACAGAAUUUACAUAUCGCAGCACUUCACUUUCGAUAGGAACAGCUACUGAGUACAAACUGAUAUUUUUUUACGGAAAGCAAAUUGUUGUAAAAAAAAUCAACACUGAAACUGUGAAUAUAAAAGUAUUAAUUAUAUCUAAGUUUACCAGUGCAUGAAGAAGUAUUUAAAGGUCAAUAUUUGAUUAUAAUUUUAUUCAAGAAAUGAUUAAAAAAACUCAAAUAGUCUCCU